AAAGAUCCAAAGGAAGCAUUGGUUAUUGCUGUGACAACCAGGGCCAUUUUUAAUUUGGAGAGAGAGCAUGAAAUCUUCUUGACAAAGGGCAAAGAGGAAUAUGUGAAACAUCAGCAAGAAAACGAGAAUAGCCCCUUGGAGCAGGGAACAGCUUUCCCUUUCAUUCAGGCAGUGCAGUUUGUGAACAAGAAACUCCUUGAAAGAAACCCAGAAGAAAAGGGACUCUUUGAUGUCAUUGUUCUCUCCAAUAAUAGUCCGGAGACUGGUGUGCGAAUAAUGAACAGUGUGAAACAAUAUGGUUUGGAAAUCUCCAAGUUUUGCUUUGUCAGUGAUGAAGAUUCUACUCAAUAUUUGAAAACCCACAAUGUGAAACUUUUUCUCUCAGCUGACCCAAAAGAUGUGUGCAAUGCACUUCAGAGAGGAGUCUCAGCAGCCCUCAUCUUUCAGCAGGAGAUACAGGCUCCUAGAACUCAAUUACGAGUUGUCUUUGAUGGUGAUGCUGUACUCUUUUCGGAUGAGACUGAUCGUGUCUUUCAUGAGAAAGGUCUUGAGGAAGCAGUGGAAUAUGAGAAAAUUAUGGAAAGUGUACCCAUGGGAGAGGGCCCCCUGAAAACCUUUGCUUUGCAUCUUGGGAAGAUGCGUAAAAAAUUUGCUCAGGAGGAUUCUCCCAUCCGCAUCUAUUUGGUGACUGCCCGCAGUGGCCGUGAUAUGGGCACCCGGGCCAUCAAAACCCUCCGGGAAUGGGGACUGCCGACUGAUGAAGCCUUCUUCAUGGCUGGAGCUCCAAAAGGUCCUAUCCUCUCCAAGAUCCAGCCCCACAUCUUUUUUGAUGAUAAUUUUCACAAUAUCCAAGGUGCUCAAGAUGUUGGCAUACCCUCUGCAUUGGUUCCUUAUGGCUGCCAGAAAGGAUCAUAGGAUCACAGUGUUCUGUCAGUUAACCAUACCAAUAUUUCUAAGUAAAGGAUGCAAACUUUUAAAUGUACAGAGAGAGCAGUGUUUAGAAUAAAUUACAUUUAUAAAAAAAAAUAGGAAGUGACUUUACCUGAUGAGGGUAAAGAUCGUAUUGAAACAAAGGGGGAAAUCAAUGCUUAUAACAUGUAGCAAAUUGGUUCCUUUCUUUGCCUGUGCAAUCAUUUUUUUUCAAUUGAUGACAUUUGGAGAGUCUGUUAUUACAUGUAGGUUUUCAGAAAUCCAUCAAGCAAUGGUGUCCAAAAUGUCUGUCUACCUUAUGCAGAGUUUAUUUGGCUUUUGUAUAGUUUCAACCAGCAGAAUAGAGCACAGAAAGCAACAGUAUUGUUUUUGGUUUACUCCCUCCUUUUUCCCUUGUGAAUCCAGAAGG